GAAAAUCAGUCCGUGGCCUGCCUUUGCCCCAAGAGCAAAGAGAAAACGUUCUCCCACAAAAUAGAAUAAAGAAAAAUAUACCACACAUACAAGAAAAAAAAAAUUAAAAAUAAAGGAAAAAGAAGAUAAUUAAAAGAAAAAUAAUAAAACACUUGUGCUCGAGGAUUUUAGUGAGGCAAUUUUUGGCAAUUACAGAAACAACCAAGAAAAAGAAAUUAAAUAAAGAAAACCACUGAAAACAAAUAAUGUGUGUGAGUGUGUGUUUGUGUGUGCGCGUGUGUGUGUAGAGGAAAAGCUAGGUAAAAUAUGAAUAUGUGAAAAUGUGUGGUAAAAGCAGAGCCCGAAGAACACAAAAUAUGGCUAAAUGAAAGGCUAAAGAGAUACAAAAAUCAAGUCAAAUGAUUUGAAAAACGAAAAUAAUUUGCAAAAUUCUCGUGUAGUUUUUAGUAUCCGAUAAUCAUAAACGAAGUAACGACGAAUAUAAUCCAAGAAAAUCAAAGCAAAUAGAAUAGUAAGAAAAAGAAGAAAAUACACAUAUUUUAGUGGCAGUGGCAGGCAAAAAUUCGUAUGUACUCGUUGCUCCUAAACAUACAUACAGACACCCACACGCCCUCCCCCAACCGCCCAAAAACGACGACGACGACGACGUCGACGACGGCGACGACGACCACCGACAAAAACCAAAGCACACACUAGAGUCAAUAGGUGUGUGUGUGUGCCAGUAACUGUGUUUGUGUGUGUGUGUGUGUGUGGGAACAAUAAUAAUUCGAGAUAUAUUUUAUGAUAAAUGCAACAACUAUGCUAAUCCUAACUAGUAACUAGCUCCAUCAGACCAACGGAAAAGGCUCAACCACACAAAAUAAAAGAAAAAAUCACGCAUACGCCCCGCCAGCCAUUCAAUUGAAAGGUGCCUGCUUGCGCCUCAGUGUGCGUGUGCGUGUGCGUGUGUGUGUGUGUGUGUGUGCGUGGUCGUGUGCGUGUCCAAUCGUGUAUGCCAGCCAACAUGUGUGUGUGCGCGAACAUGUCUGUGUGUGUGUGUAAUGACUAAAACAAGAAAACAACAAAAAUAUUUAACAACUACAUAGCUCCAGCUGCUCAUAAAUUUCGUAAUGUUGUCCCUGGUGCAGGGCCACAGAUUCAAUUGGAAUAUGUAAAUCGGGCCAAAAGGUUCCCCCCUGCCCCAGCCCACGCAAGCAAAGCAGGAAGAAGAAAUACUUCUAGGACUACGACUUUAACAAAGCAAAACGGAGGCUAUGUCGUGACAUUUGCAUUUAACAUCACAAAAAACGACAAAACGACAAAACGAAAAACGGAAAGGAAAAUACAAUAAUUUUACGCCCACCUAAACCCGCGCUACAUCCCCGCCCUCAAGGAAAGAACGAAAGAAAGGCAAAAGUAAUUGCUCUUAGUUCGGAAAAAAAGAAAGAAAAAUCAAAGUAAAAUCGUAACGGAGUUUUAGCAUUUUGAGAAUAUACGGAGGCGGAGAAAAAAAAAAGGAAAAAAAAAUACUAAAAAGAACAACAGGAAAAAGUGAGCGCAAGAGAGAAAACGAGAGAGUGUGAGCGGAGAGAGAGAGCGAUAAAUACGUACGUAACGGUACUUAGCUGGCACUCUCCUGCGAGCUUAUAAACAAACGCGCCUGCCCUGCUGCUACUGCUGCUGCUGCUGCUGUGAGUAAACGAGAGAGGGAGAGCGAGGAAGAGACACAACCACCAAGUGAGCGUGUAUAUGAGUGUGUGGGCGAGGGACGACAACGACAACGACGACCACGACCACGACGACGACGACAAACGGUAGGUCAGUGGCAGUGGGCGGUCUAGCAGCUGUGGCAACACCAACACCAACACCAGCGCCAACAUCAACUCGAACUUUGGGAGGGCAGCAUUCUGUUCUGUCACACUUGCUGUCUCUCUGUCGCUUCCUGUAGCAUGUCCUGCACUGUAUCCGAGCUACCCAGUGGUUGUCGUCUGCGCGGCAUGACUGCAUCAUCACAACAGACAGCUGCCUCCAAUAAUGGCGCUAACAAUGGUAACAACGGUGGCAGCGGUGGUCCAUCUGCAACAACAGUAGCGGGCGGGAGUGGUGGAGGAGGAGGCGGUGGUGGCGUUGGCGGUGGCACUGUGACAACUGUCAUUGCCACCUCGAAUGUAUUGCAAGAAUCGAAUGCUCCGCUGCAACGACAGCAAUCACAGAAACCGUGUUGCUUCUGCUGGUGUUGUUGUUGCUCCUGCUCCUGGGCCAAGUGUCUUGCCAUUAAAAAUGCCGAUGAAAAUGCGCCGACCAAACGUGAUCUCGUUAGUUCCGAAUUCUUAGAUGGCGAACAACCAACACUAGAAGAAAUCCGAAGCUGGGGCAAAAGCUUUGACAAAUUAAUGAAAAAUUCAACUGGCCGUAAGGUUUUCCGGGACUUUCUGCGUAGCGAAUUUAGUGAAGAGAAUAUUUUAUUUUGGUUGGCCUGCGAGGACCUUAAGAAGGAGAACAGCGCCGAAGUGGUCGAGGAAAAGGCGCGCCUGAUAUAUGAGGAUUAUAUAUCGAUAUUGUCACCGCGUGAAGUGUCAUUGGAUUCGCGAGUACGCGAAAUAGUCAAUCGCAAUAUGAUUGAGCCAACGACGCACACAUUCGACGAAGCUCAAAUACAGAUCUAUACGCUAAUGCACAGAGACUCAUAUCCGAGAUUCCUAAACUCUCAAAAGUUCAAGACACUCGCUCAAAUGCAAGACAAUUCGAAUGCUGGUUCCAAUGCGGAUAGCCCCACUUAGAUGAUUGUUCGGUGAUAAUCGGAAUGAUGAUGUUGACGAUAGCGAUAUGUUGAUUUUUGUUAUUGUUUUUCUUAAAGUAUUAUUUAUUGGAUUGCCUCCAAAAUGUCAAAAAAAUGUCAAAAGCCGCUUCUGGAGUGAUUUAAGCAAUAUGUAGCCAGUCAUUUUCAAUAGAAUCAGAAUCCAUAUAAUCAUUUUGCAUGGAGAAGCGGCUUUUUGGAGACAAUCCAGAAACUUAGGCACAUAUAUAUACAUAUAUGUACUAUAUAUAUUUGGAUUAAUGUGAAACGGAUUCCUUCUUUUCUAACUACAAGUAUGUUCUAGUCGUUAACAAACCAAAGAAUAACGUAACUGGGCGAUUUAUAUUAGUUUAUAAAAACAAAAAACACCCCAAAAAAAAAAAAACAAACCAGAAUUAGUUGUUAAUUAAAUAAAAAAUCGGUUGAAAGUAUUUUGAGGAAAUAGAAGAAGAUGAAGCAUUUUUUUCAAGCGAUCGAGUAAAACGAGCAAACACAAAUAGCAUCUAUUGUAAUAUUAGUUCCAUAAGAUGUAUUAAUCAAAUUGAAUGAAACAAACAAAAAAAAAGGAAGAAAA